AUGGCCCCCAAAACCGCUGUCCUUACCAGUAAAGCUCCUAAACCACUUCCAGUAUUCUCCCAAGCCAUUGUUCACAAUGGCAUGAUCUACUGUUCCGGAAGUAUUGGAAUGGAUCCGGCUACCAACAAGCUCGUCUCUGGGGGAGUUGCAGAGAGAACAAACCAAGCCCUGAAGAACCUCGCAGCAGUGCUGGAGGCUGGUGGCAGCAGUUUAAAGAACGUAGUAAAAAUCAAUGCCUUUAUUACCACCAUGGAUGACUUUGUAGAGAUGAACAAGGUGUAUGAAACAUUUUUCAAAGAUGACCCGAAACCAUGUCGAACUUGCGUUGCCGUGAAGCAGUUGCCUUUGGAUACUGACGUUGAGAUAGAAUGUAUUGCAUAUGUGAAUGAUGCGAAGGCUAGGCUGUGA